AUGGACUUGGGUUUAUUGAUUUUGAUCGGUCUGGGCACGCUUAUCUUCUGGCUGUAUAGGAUCAACAAGGACUACUAUGUGCUAGCCUUCUUCGCAAAGCGUGUGCGCACCAAGGAUGGACGACCGGUAGAAAGCAUAGCUCCGGUGCCUGAGGGACGCACCAUCUUUGGAAAUAGCUUCGACUUGUAUGGCAGAAAUGACGCUGAGCUGUUCAAUGAUAUGCGUGUCAGGGCCAAGAAAAUGGGUCGUAGCUUUAUAGAAUAUGUUAUGGGCACGUCCAUUUACAAUAUUAUCGACGCAGAAAACUUUGAUUUAAUAUUGAACGACCAGAACCUGAUAACCAAGGGGCUGGCAUACGGAUUUCUGCAUCCGGCUCUACGCACUGGCCUGCUGACAUCCACAGAUAAGAAAUGGCACUCGAGACGGAAGAUGCUCACGCCCACAUUUCAUUUUAAUAUUUUGGGUCAAUUUGAGGAGACUUUCAAAGCGGAGAGUUUGAAAUUUGUGAAACAAUUCGAGGGGAAAGAGGAGACUUGCAUCUCUCUGAGUGAACUUAUACCCAGAUUUACGCUUAACAGCAUUUGUGAGACGGCCAUGGGCAUAAAACUGGAUGAUAUGGCUGCCAAGGGAGAUCGCUAUCGCGAGAACUUCAGCAUGAUUGAAAAGAGUUUUAUAAGACGUAUGAGUAAUCCACUCAUUUGGAAUAAUACCAUCUAUAAUCUCUUUGGCUCCAGCGAGGAUGCGCGCUUCUUAAAAGAAGUCCACGAAUUCUCCAGCGAAAUAAUUGCCAAGCGUCGAAUACUUCUGGAACAGGUGCUUAAGGAAAAGCUCAGCGCUCAAACGGCAGAUGAUGAUAUUUACAUCAACAAGAAGCAACGCUUUGCCAUGUUGGAUACGCUUAUUCUUGCGGAGAAGGAUGGUUUAAUUGAUCACGAGGGCAUUUGCGAGGAGGUGGAUACGCUUAUGUUUGAGGGCUUUGAUACUACGUCGAUUGGUCUCAUAUUUGGGCUUAUGAACAUGUCCCUAAAUCAGGACAAACAGGAGCUGUGCUAUCAGGAGAUAAGCGAGCACAUAGCUGAUGAUUUGAGCAACUUGGAAAUUAAUCAGCUCUCUAAACUGAAGUAUUUGGAAUGUUUUGUUAAGGAAACGCUGCGCUUGUUUCCAUCUGUGCCCAUAAUGGGCCGUAAAACAGUAAGAGAAACGGAACUGGCCAAUGGCCUGAUAUUGCCGGCUGGUGCAGAAAUCGCCCUUCACGUCUUUGAGCUACAUCGGAAUUCCAAAUACUGGAGCGAUCCAGAUGAGUUUCAACCAGAGCGCUUUCUGCCCGAAAACUCCAAGGACCGUCAUACUUAUGCCUAUAUGCCCUUUAGUGCGGGUCAACGCAAUUGCAUAGGUCAAAAGUAUGCCAUGCUGGAAAUGAAGACCCUGCUCAUCGUAGUACUCAAGCAAUUUAAGAUUUUACCACUUGUCGAUCCCAAGGAAUUCGUUUUCCACACUGGCAUUACACUACGUUGCAAAAAUAAUAUUAAAGUAAAGCUAAUCAGGCGUAGUUAGACAUAUUUGAAUUAUAACCAGCCUUAAGAGUUUUAUUAGCUAACGACGUGAUCUGUAAUACACUUAUGUUCAAAUAUAAAAUUGAAAAUUCA